CUGGUGUAGCUGCCAAUUAAGUCACUACUCACUGUGAUGGUUUCAGCAUAGACCACAGAUUCUCCAUAGGUUAUUUGGUUAUAGCAUCGCGACCUGUUCUGGGUCUUUCAAACAGAAAUAUAGCUAGUUACAUAAACAGUGAGCGCUUAAAAGCAUAUUUUCGAAUUCCCCCACCACUAUGGCCCUGCCAGAGAAAGUAAAUUCAGCUUGUGCUCUUACCACCGAGCUCUUGAAAGUUGGCCCGGAUAUAAUGGGCCAGCCGUACAAUAUCUCCAUAUUAAAAGAGGGUUACUGUUUACCACAGCCAAAUGGAUCGACACGAGCAGACGGCACCAUAUCUCUACUGCAGGGACCAAAGAUAAUUUUGGUAGAUACAGGCGGACCCUGGGAUCGGGACUUCCUUUUGGUUCGAUUAAAGGAGAAAAGUAUUGAUCCAGAUGACAUAAAUAUUGUGGUCGGCACUCAUGGACACUCAGACCACGUGGGGAAUUUGGGGCUAUUCCCUGGAGCGACAAUGGUUGUGGGGUGCGACAUUAGCCAAGGAGACCUUUACUUGCCCAACAAGCUGGCUGAGGGAGAACCAUAUCCUAUUGAUGAACACGUGUCAAUACUGCCAACACCAGGUCACACUGGCCGAGAUGUAAGUGUACUGGUGAAAGGAACCUCAGUGGGGACUGUGCUGGUGGCAGGGGACUUGUUUGAAUGCUGCACUGAUGGUGACACCUGGCGGGAGCUUAGUGAGAAUCCAGCGGUACAGGAGGUCAACCGUCAAAAGGCUUUGCAGACUGCCAAUGUAAUCAUCCCAGGACAUGGUGGCCCAUUCAGAGUGUGCAUGGAUGUUGGGGGCAGAUAACUGAUAUAAAACAGAAUUGGGGCACUCUAACAAGCAGGUUAAAAUUACUGUUUUUAAUUUCCUGUUUUCCCCCAAUCAUUUUCACAAUUCUGAUGAGCCAUGUUCCUAUUGUAGGCCUACUCAACUUGAAACAGCAGCUGAGACAUACUUUAGCUGUUCUGUCCAUGAGCUGUCAGAACUUGUAUGAUAAGGAUUUUAUCUGAAGUGUCUCUGUGGAAUAAACCUCACUCAGGAACACAUUUAAAAAAACUUUUUAUUGUUACUGUGCCUAUGACAAAUAAGCUUGAAACUGAACUCCAUCUGAUUCUCCCUGUGAAUUCACCUCCAGGAUUAUUGGCACCUAUCUUUGGGUGCUAUAUGGAAAACUAUGCAUAUACAGUUGGCUACAUUAUUAGCAACCCUGAUUGGCAAUGCAGAAUGCUGAUGGAUGACAAAUGGAUUUUGAAUGCUUUUUUAUACUUAAGCAGAGUAAAUUAAGAAAAAUUGUAAAAUUUCCUGAUACUUGGUGGAAUCCAAUAGAUUUUAUCCAGUGCCCCUGGACCUCUGGAAUUAAAACGACCUAAAACAUCACUGACCGCAUCUCUGUUUCAACACCAAAUAUACCGAUGCUGUAUCUGACCAAAAUACUAAAUUUCAUCUAAUCUGUACACAGCAUUUAUAUUUACUUAUAUUUAUUUUAUAUUUAUUUUAAAUGACCAAAUGAGACCAAAAUGAAAUAAGAUACAGUAUCAGCAUAUUUGUCAUCGAAACAGAGAUGCAUAAAAGGAGAUGUGUGUCAUAUCCAGAGUGAAAUUUGGUUGUUUGGUCAGUGAUGUUUUCGUAAGUGAAGUUUCAGGCGCUGCCACAUUGUACAAUCAAGCCAGAGACUGCACAGUAGGGAAAUUGGAAGCCCUUGUAUCAGCAUUAAGUUUAAAAAUGUGACUCGUUCACUAAGCCUAGAGUAUAGCAGCAGAGUAUGAACCAAAAAAUUGCUGCCACUAGUAACAUCCAUUGCACAUUGUCGGUCACUGGACUAUAAACUAGCCUUUACUGUAUUGUCCUAAUAACACAAAAACUUGCUGCAUUUUCUUGUCACAUUUUCAUCAUAUUGUUACCACUGAAUUACAUUGAAAGGGGUGGCUGAAGCACCUAAACUGGAGCUGACCGCAGUAGCACUAGUAGUGUCUCUGAACAAGACCAGGAAAUGAACUUCAAGCCUGUUUUUGGCUACUGGAUUUAACCUUGACUUUCCCCCAGGCAGUUUAUGGGCCCUGUCAUUAAUUUCUGUGCACGUGCAUGUGCACUGCUAACAUACAAGGUGCAAUAAAUUCUCUGGACUUUUCAACCCCCAGCCUAAGAUCAAUAUUAAAAGGACCACAUGCAUAUUGCUUGUGUUUUUGAGCUUUUCAUAUCAUCCUGGAAUUUUUGAAUUGUGUUCCAUAUGGUAGAGGAAAGUCUAAAAAAUAUGUCUAAUAAAUACCUAAUGAAGUGCUUACUGAGUGUAUAUUUUACCGUUUUAAAGAUGAAGGGUGGUCAUCGAUUUGAUUACAGUUUACUGCUCUUUUUUAAUUUAAUUAUAAUUUUUUUAAAGCAACUGGACUUUACAGAAUGUCCCUGCAAUUCUUAAACCGUGAUCCCUGGAUUAUUUAUGGCCUCCCUCACCAUCUUCCUCACCAUUUGUGGGGACAACUUGCACUCCUCUUCCUUGCCUUCACAGUUUUAAGUGGUAUGUUUAGCCAUUUAUGACUUUUUUGUCACAGUCAAUUACCAUCUCCCUCUUCUGAAUUAAGUGAUGUGAUAGUUCCUUUAGACCAAGAUUAACUAAAUCAAAUGUUAUUGCCAAUUUCACUUUGAUUUUGGAUUGUAAUCCAAUUUGGAUUUUGAUUGGAGUAGACAUCUAUGAUUUUACAUGAAAUUAGAUAAUAAAAAACAUUGAAACAUGAGACUAAAGUACUAAAGUUUUCCCCUAUGUUCGAACAUAACGUAUAGAGUAUUGUGUAUGUUGUUUAUGAUAAGCAGCCUUUUGUCUUCAUUCUCAUUAAGGGUGCCAAUAAUUCACCGGUAUUUGGUGAAAAUGAAGUACAUUGUAUAAUAGGCUAGACAUUGCUUUGGCUUUCAUUUUAGUUUACAGACUUAAAACCUUUGCCCAAGUGCAUUCUUUGUGAAUACAGGUUGGCAAAUACAUGUACUUGUGUGUCUGCUAAUAAAUGUCGGUAAGCUGACAUUCAGAGAAGCAGGCAUGAGUGUUCAACAGUUUAACAGAUUAAAUGUGUCUUCAAGACGGAGAGCUAACUGUAACCACAUGACUAACCUUAGCUAGCUAAAUGAAUAUAACCAGAAAUAGCAUAAUAGUCCAUAAAAGGUAGUCUAAUUUAAAUGAACCUACGUUAGUAAAAUAUUCUAACAUUCUCAGCCGGUUGAAAAUAGAACGAUACAUUUAAAACGCUUACUUCUCCAAAACUAAAGAACGGAAAUAUCUGGUUUCUUCAAUGGCCUCUUGUGCAAAUUGCAUAUAAAAAAAUAGAAAGCGUGACCGACCGCCAUGUGACUCCUUUAAAUUAACUUAUUUGUUGAUGUUUGUGAAAUGGCAUACCUAGUGUUUGCACUUGUUUUGCCAGUACGUGAGCUUAUAAUUUAUGGCUCUACAGACUUGCAAUAUAAUUUGUGAAAAGCUGUCAAGCUUGGUUGGUGAGGAUUUUACAGGAAUUCCCAUAAGGGAACUUCCCAUGCUGCUUGUUUCUUGUAAGCUUCUUGUGCUGCAACUUGUGAGUGUACGAAUCACUGUUUAGAUAAAGGGCAGGCCAGAGUAGAAAAAGCACAUUCCUAGUACACUAGUCUGAGAAGGUGAGACCGGAACUGCUGCACAGAGGUAAAUAUGCAGCUUUUUAUUCCUGUACUUUAAAAAGACUGGCUUAUAUGAAUCAAUUUUCAAAUGACUGUAAUAAUUUCUUGUAUGCUAUGAAAAUUAUGCAACUUUGGUUAUAUGUUGAAUGCAAAAAAGGGUUUAGGGUGGGUACUGUAUUUCCUUUUUGUUACUCUGUGCAUCUUUUUGACAGUCCUCUGUGAAGCACUAUACAAAUAAAAAAAAAAUUGAUACAG